CAUUAAUUCUAUUAAUUCAUUUACCAGGAAUAUUUUUAACCGCAUUCAUCACUUCAGUAUAAAAGUGAGGAAAACUGAUUUGAAUUUCAUAUCAUAUAAUUGCUCGUCAGUCGUCACAGCACUAGACGGUUCAAAACUCACAAAAGUACAGAGCUUCCGGCAUUACUUAAAUCACAGAAGAAGCUGCACUUUCCUAAGCCUCCGUUUCCCAAGAUGAACAACAAAAUCUUCACAGCUGUACUUCUACUUUGUACAGCACAUCAAAUCGUAUCUCGACCGGCAAAUGAUCCAGCUGAACCUUGCGAUCCAACGAAGUGCAAGCUACCAGAUUGCCGAUGCUCAAGUACCAAUAUACCCGGCGAUAUACCAGCAUCGAAAAUCCCACAGAUUGUUAUGGUGAGCUUCGAUGAUGCGGUCCAAGAACAAAAUAUGGGAUUUUAUCAAACGUUAUUUCCCGGAAAAGUUAACCCAAACGGUUGUCCCAUCUCUGCGACCUUUUUCCUUUCCCACGAAUAUACAAAUUACGUGAUGGUAAAUAAGCUCUACCAUCAACGCCACGCUGUUGUCGACCACACCAUCACUCAUCGCACGCCAAUUUCAUGGUGGAAAGACGCCAACUACACCCAGUGGUACGCGGAAAUUGUAGGUCAACGUGAGAUCAUAAAUAAAAUUGGGUUUGUUGCCUUGGAAGACGUGAAGGGCUUCCGAGCACCUUUCCUACAAAUCGGUGGCGAUAACGAGUUCAAGGUGUUGUCUGACACAAAAUUUCUUUUCGAAUCAUCAAUGCCGACACAAAUGAGAGAUCCCCCUUUGUGGCCCUACACCCUCGAUUAUCGUUCAACCCAGGAAUGUACCAUCCCACCAUGCCCCAAAGAUUCCUACCCAGGUCUUUGGGAGGUACCUAUGGUGGACUGGUUGGACCUGUCAGGGAAGCUAUGCAACAUGGUUGACGGAUGCACAAUACCGGACAGCGAAGACGGAACUCUGGAGCUUUAUAUGAAGAAUUUUCAGCAACAUUAUACAACCAACCGCGCACCAUUCCCAAUGUUCUUCCAUGCAACUUUGUUCAAAAGUCAUUCUUACACCUUGACAGCUCUUGAAAAGUUCUUCCAAAAAAUUCUCGCAAUGAAAGAUGUUUGGAUCGUGACCAUUCCGCAGGCAAUCGAGUGGAUUCGUCAUCCGACUGAUCUCGACCAUAUUUCCGAUUUUACACCGUGGAAGUGCGACCAUCCCGCGCCACCAUUGCAGUGUGACGACUCAACUCAAACCGUGUGUGGCUACGAUGCAAACAGGAGACUGGUGCAGCCUGGGCAACCAGCAACACAUUAUCUGUUUUCGUGCUUGAAAGAGUGUUUAAGAUGUUACCCGUGGGUUGGGGACCCUAGUGGAACAAAGUGUUGAACUGUAUCGACGAACUGUAUCC